AUGAAUAAGUCUAUUCCUAUACAAUGUACAAAAGAGGAGGAUAUUCUAUUUAUAGAGUCAUUAAAAAAGCGGUUCCUGAAGCAAAACCGUGAAAUUAUCAGAGUAAAUACACAAUUGUCAGCUAAAUUGAGCGAAUCUGAAAUAGAAAUGGAAAAACUAUUGCGAGACAACUGUCAAUUGAAGAACAGUCUCAUUAAACUGGAAUCACGGGUCCAAAUAUACAGUCAGUCAGAAAGCCUUUAUCGUCAAUAUUUUCAAGAUUUUCAAAGGAUCCGGAACAAGCUUUCAGAAGUCCAUCACCUUAUGAUUGAAAUGGAUGAAAAAAUACUUCCGCCAAGUACGGCUAUAGAAUCGUCGACGAAUACCUCAUCUACUUUAAACGACGGAGUUGACGAAAGGAAAGGACAGAAUGUUCAGAGGAAUAGAUACCCACCACUAAUCAAAGAUUUCUCGGUUCCAGAUCUGGAAAAUCCACACGGAAUGAACUUGCCAGGACGCAAGAGCAAAUUUCCACCAUUACCUAAAUUACCAAGUAAAUGCAUUCUUGCUGAUAAAACCAAUACAUGCGCAUCAAACUCAAAAACCACGCUAAAGGAAAUGAAACCACCAAAUCAUGACAUUGAAAACAAGAAAAAUAGUAAAGAGAAAGAGAAGGACUUCUCACAAAAUGAAACAAAAUUCCCUUUGGGAAAAGAGGUAAUGAAAGAACAAGUGAAUUCAAAACCUUCAAAUGUUCGUGUUUGUAUUCCUUCUAAAGCUUUUGAUAAUGUCACUGACUUUGAAGGUAAAAAUGAUUACGAAGCAGACAAUCGGGAUUGGGAUAUGGAGUCUACUGGUACAGUGACGACGACAAGAGGAGGACGAGAGAGACGGGCAGUAAAAUCUGUGAAUUAUGCUAUACCAGAUUUACGGAUGAAGCUGAGAAGAAGCUUUGAAUUACCAAAGGACAAGAAACGAAGGCGGCAAUGUCGAAUGCAUACAAAAAACUAA